GGCAUGGCAGCAAAUCCCAAGCCUCCUCUUCUUUUCCUUCACGUUGUCUUGCUCUCCAUACUUUUAUUGCAAAUCACAGCAUCACCAGAAGCACAAGCAGAAGCUCUUGUCAAGUGGAAAAACACUCUCUUCGCUCUUCCCCCUAGCUCUCCUCUCACUUCAUGGUCUCUUGCCAACCUCAACAACCUUUGUAAUUGGACAAGCAUUGUCUGCGACUCAACCGGAACCGUCUCCGAGAUAACCGUCUCAGGUGCAAAUCUCAAUGGAACACUAGCCCACUUCAACUUCACUCCAUUCCUUAACCUCACCCGCUUUGACCUCAGCCACAACUAUCUCACCGGGCCAAUACCGUCGGAGAUAGGCCGGCUAACGAAACUGCAGUACGUGAGUCUUCUCGACAACCAUCUCGAUGGGAAAAUCCCAUAUCAGAUUACCAAUCUUCAAAAGGUACGCUACUUAGACCUUGGAUCAAACCUCUUACUGAAUCCUGACUGGUCUAAGUUUUCGGCCAUGCCUUUGUUGACCAACCUUUCCUUUUAUUACAACUAUGGACUCACUUCAGAGUUCCCAGAGUUUAUACUUGGUUGUCACAACUUGACCUUCUUGGAUUUGUCCUACAAUAAGUUCAAUGGAACAAUACCACCAAACAUAUCACACCUUUCCAAGCUUAAUUAUCUUUAUCUGCAUGCUAAUCAGCUUUCUGGCUCAAUUCCAUCCGAGAUUGGGAACCUCACAAACCUUCAAGUCUUACACCUUUUCUACAACAAUCUCAAUGGCUCAAUUCCAUCCGAGAUUGGGAAGCUCACAAACCUUCAAGUCUUACUACUUUACACCAAUAAUCUCAGUGGCACAAUCCCACCAGAGAUUGGAAAUAUGGGAUCUCUGCAACAUCUUGAACUCGGCACUAACCAACUUGAAGGUGAGUUGCCAGACACCAUUUCUAGGCUCCGUAAUUUAAAGACAAUUAUUCUUUUGUACAAUAAAUUCUUUGGCACUAUUCCGAGUGACUUUGGGAAGUAUAGUCCUCUGAUCCAUGUUGGCUUUUCCCACAACAAAUUCUAUGGAGAAUUGCCACCUGAAUUGUGCAGCAGCUUUGCUCUUGAAAGUUUCACGAUGAAUAACAACAACUUCACGGGGUCAUUGCCAGAGUGCUUAAGAAAAUGCUCACAACUAAAGAGAGUACGGUUUGAUGGGAACCGAUUCAGUGGAAACAUUACAUAUGCAUUUGGAGUUCAUCCAAAUCUUAGUUUCAUUUCUCUUAGUGACAAUCAAUUUGUUGGUCAAAUCUCAGUGGAAUUGGCAGAAUCUGAAUCUCUCACCAAUUUGCAAAUGGACAGAAACCGGAUUUCUGGAAAAAUCCCAGUCGAGCUUGGAAAGUUGACACGACUACAACGUUUAAAUCUGGGCUCCAACGAAUUGUUUGGGGAAAUUCCAACUGUACUUGGAAAUCUAAGCCGACUGUACGAGCUCAAUCUGAGCAAGAACCAGUUGACAGGAGAGAUUCCUCGAAGUCUAGGCAAUUUGAGUGAGCUUGGUGAUCUUGAUUUGUCUACAAACAGUUUGACUAUGAACAUACCAAAGGAUCUUGGGAAUUGUGGUAAAUUAUUGAGCUUGGACUUGAGCAACAACAACCUAAUAGGUGAAAUACCAUCCGAGCUUGGUAACUUAAUGGAAUUGCAGUCAUUGUUGGACCUCAGCAGCAAUAAACUCUCAGGAAAUAUUUCUGAAAACCUUGCAAAGCUUUCAAAAUUGGAGAGUGUUAAUGUGUCACAUAACCAACUUUCAGGGGAAAUCCCAUCAUCAUUUUCCCGCAUGGUUAGUCUAAACAGCAGCGCCAUUGACUUUUCCUACAACAAUUUAACUGGUCCAGUCCCAAACAGUACCAUUUUCAAAGAUGCACCUGCAAAAGCUUAUGUUGGCAACUCUGGUUUGUGUGGAGAUACAGAAGGACUAACUCUUUGUUCUAGAAAGAAAAAGCAUUAUAAUCCGACUCUAUUAGCUAUCCUCAUUCCUAUCUGCAAUCUAUUAGUACUGCUUGCAACCAUUGUUGCUGGACUCCUAAUACGUUACCGAAAGACCAAACUCCUGUUUGAAGAAAACAAAACAAUUUUAGAGUGUGAGGAGAAGGCCGAGUCACUGAUAUGGGGAAGAGAGGGUAAAUUUACAUUCGGGGAUAUCGUAAAGGCCACUGAAAACUUCCAUGAGAAUUAUUGUAUUGGAAAAGGAGGAUUUGGAAGCGUUUACAAAGCAGCAUUGCCGACAAGUCAAAUUGUUGCAGUUAAAAAAUUUAACAUGUCACAAUCCAGUGACAUCUUAGUUGCCAAUCACAAGAGUUUUGAGAAUGAAAUUCGCAUGUUGACAGAAGUUAGGCACCGCAAUAUCAUUAAGCUUUAUGGGUUCCAGGCCACUCAGUGGUGCAUGUACUUGGUUUACGAAUAUGUGGGGAAAGGCAGUUUGGGAAAUGUAUUGUAUGGGGUGGAAGGGAAAGCAGAACUUGAUUGGGGUAGAAGGGUGAACAUCGUGCAAGGUGUGGCUCACGCAAUUGCUUACUUGCACCAUGAUUGUUCUCCUUCAAUUGUGCACCGAGACAUAACGGUGAACAACAUCUUGCUGGAGUCAAAGUUCGAACCGCGGCUCUCAGAUUUUGGCAUUGCUAGAUUGUUGAGUUCAAAUACAACUAACUGGACAACAAUUGCUGGGUCUUAUGGCUACAUGGCUCCAGAGCUCGCAUUCACGAUGCGAGUUACGGAUAAAUGUGACGUUUAUAGCUUUGGAGUGGUGGCAUUAGAAGUUAUGAUGGGUAGGCACCCAAGGGAGCUCUUAUCUUUCAUGUCAUCAUCCAAAUCAACAAAAGCAACUCCAAUUUCAGACAGUGCAGAAUUUCUUCUAAAGGAUGUGCUAGACCAAAGACUCCCACAACCAACCGGCCAAAUUGCGCAUGAUGUGGCAUUUGUGGUGACAAUGGCCUUACAUUGCGUGAGUGACACGCCAGAGUCACGACCCACCAUGCAUUUUGUAGCACAAAAAUUGUCAGCUCGAACCCAAGCUUGCAAUUCCUACCCAAUGGACACGAUGACCAUUAGCGAGCUCACAAGCAAAUAGAACAAAUUGGCAUUCUGGUAGCAUCCAAUAAAUAAAAAUGUUGGACCUUGAGGCCAUGUAUGCUAGUAUUAUCUUUUGUAUUUUUGAAUAAUCUCUAGGGCUGAUGUCCAGUUGAGGGCUAGUGACUUCAACCCUAAUAGUGGGUUCUCUUUUGCCAUGUAACUUCUCCUUACGACUUGUAUGUUUCUUCCA